AUGCACAGACCAGGGAGUCGCCUUGUGGCGACAAUAGCAUCCUUACUUUCGGCGCCAUGGAUGUCUAGACCAGUCUCAGCUCUCCCCAUGGAGGCCGUGGCCGCCGGCUACGGCUACCUGAUGGUGCGAGACUGCGCGAACCCGUGCGGUAUGGACAGUCAAUACUGUUGUGGCUCUGGCGAGAGGUGCUUCACCUCCAACGGCCUGGCAGGCUGCACAGCGGCGGCUGGUGGGGGUUUUGCACUCUUCACUACCACAUGGACCCAGACGCAAACAUUUACCAGCACCGGGAGCACGUACUUCCCGGCGGCUACGACUCAGGCUCCAAACGACUGCAUAGUCCCUCCGGGCUCCGGAUGGACUUCCUGUGGUUCAAUCUGCUGUGCGUCGAACCAAUACUGCGCUCAAAAGAACCAGUGCAUGGCCAAGGGUGCAGGAGGUGGUGGAGUGAUCUGGACGACAUCAACUUAUACAUCCGGCGGCCAGGUCAUGACGACCCAGUUCAGUGCGCCCUACCGCGUGACAGGGUCUGGCGGUGCGACUGGAACGGCCGUCCCAGGUGCUACUGGCACUGCUGACAACCAGAAUGGCGAGGCGGGUGGUGGAGGUGGUGGCGGUCUUACUGCCGGACAAAUCGCCGGUAUCGUCAUUGGCGUAAUUGCCGCCGUCAUCAUCUUGAUCAUCAUCUGUGCUUGCUGUGUUGUGCGCGGACUCUGCCUGGGCGUCCUGGGUCUGUUGGGCCUGGGCGGCAAGAAGGAUAGCCACAAGUCUGAGAAGACUGUCGUCGAGGAACGUUACGUCCGUCGUGGCGCCAGCCGUGGCACCUCGGCUCACUCUCGACGUGACAGGCAUAGCGGCUGGUUUUCAGGCAGCGGCCGGCCGUCCACGGUUGCGUCCCGCAAAGAAAAAAAGGACAGUGGUGCUGGCUGGCUCGGCCUUGCCGGUGCCGCAGGCACCAUUCUGCUUCUGCUCGGCUUGAAGAAGAACGAGGACAAGAAAAAGAAGACGCAAGUCGUUGAGGAGAGGAGACGAUCCUCAAGGAGACCGAGGAGCGAAGUCAGCGCAUCCACCUGGGACUCGUACACGAGCUAUACCGACCCAAGUAGUGUAGGGACGCGUAGAACGAGCAGAACCAGGGAUACACGGAGAACGGUCAGAACAGAGACGAGGUCUCGGGCAGCCUCGAGAAGAUGA